AAGGCGUAUGAGUGCUCCUUAUAUAACCAUCUUUCUGUCCUUUCUUCCUGUGCGAGGUUUUGGUGGAUCUCCAUUCUCUAUCAAUCCUUCACGAAUAUACCAUAAAAGCUUCGUCAGUUGUCUCCUUUGCAAUGAGGUCUUUACCUUUCCUACUUGUUUUACCCUCUCUCUAUGCUGCUGUUGCGGGCUAUGUUGUCAUCGACAAGCCACACAUCUCCAGUACCCUGUCCACUCGUGCUGACAAAACGCCUGACAACCCAGAUGGGGAAGAUGACUACCAAGACCCUGUUACCAAAGCCAAUGUUCCCCGCUCGCGCAUCCUACCGUUCGGCCAGAACGGAGUCGACCAGCCCCCAGAAGCUCGAGACCGGUGGUUUGAUUGGGACAUGACAUGCACCGACACCGACGACAGGCAGAAGAUCAUGACGGCCUUCACAAACGCGUACGCGCUCGCUAAACAGGCCUCUGGGGCCUUGGAUGCGCUGAUCAAGGGUCUUCCCAGCCCUGCUGGUACUGGUAGUAAUGCUAUCAGGGUCAACCAGAAUUAUAUUGCAGCCGAGGAUCCGGCGUAUACGCAGAUGUGGUUCGCGCAGGACAACCGCCUUGCUCAGGUCAAGAAGUCGUUCGAUACCAUAUACAGUCAGGUUACAAAGAAGCCUGAUGAUCGGGCGAAGGGCAAGGGCGCCUUGAGACUCAUCUGUGACAAAGGUGGAAAUGUCAAAGCUCAGGAUGAAAAGACAUCGUACUGCGGAACGGGUCCCACAGCUGCUCAUGCCAUUGCCAACAAUGCCGGCAAUGACCAGCCUAUCGAGCCAAAAUACGUCUUCGCGCACAGUGCCAGCAUAGUUUUGUGCCCCAGUUUCUUCGACGACACAAAGUUCCCCAACCUGCCAGACAUUCUUUCCGAUUUCGACCACCAUAAAACCCUGGACCUGAUGGAUUGCCGGGAGGAGAUCAUGUUGCACGAGCUAUGCCACCUAAAGUGGACGCUGAACAUCUACCAGCCAGACAACAUCGGGUUCCUAAAAGCUGCACAGACUGCGGGGAAGGGUUCGGGAAAGCGUAGGUCGCCGGACUGGGCGAAUGCGAAGGGAAAUGCCGAUAACUAUGCGUGGUACGCGCUUUAUAGUUAUUGGAACAGGUUGCCGAAUUGGGGGGAGGAGACCUGUAAGAACGAUGCUUGGCCACAAGGGACAGCGAAACCCAAUCCGACGAGUUUCUAGAAGAGACGGUGUGGCGCAUAUGGAUGUUACUGGAUGUUUUCCGCAGGGUAUGUAGUCUAGAAGAUAGGACUGAGGAUUG